UCUUAUGCAAGCCUGCACCUUGUAAACACCUCCGCUCUCAGUAAUUGCAAAGCGUUGCCCCCUUGGCACCAAGAGGGGAACGUGGGUCGGAGGGGAGCAGCAGCGAUGGCCGGAGCCGAGGAAGACGAAGUGGCUCCUCCUGCUCCACAUCCUGUAGAUCCACAACAACCCAUGGGACAGGGGCCGGCGGCAAAGCGGAGCAGGUCGGAGCACCACCACGGCGCCGGCGACGCGCCGUCCUUCAGGAUGGAGGACCUGCCCGUGGAUGUUCAAGCUGUUAUAAUGUCGCUUCUUCCACUGAAAGAGGCUGUGAGGACAAGCAUUGUUUCAACAAGUUGGAGAAUGCUCUGGACAUUCCGCUGUAAUUUAUCUUUUAAAGGCCCCCGUUAUCUGCAUGAGAAUGAUACCAAAAUACAACAAGCAAAAUGCAUUGAGACAGUAAAUUGUGUUAUUCAGCAGCAUAGUCGGAUAGGGAUCAAUAAGUUCAGCAUCAGGUGUGGCCUGUUCGAGGAGGACUCUGUUCAUCUCGACAGGUGGAUUCGGUUUGCCGCCUCAUCGAAGGCAAAGAUAAUACAUCUUGAUCUGAGGUUCAAGGACGUGUUCGAAGAAGUAAACCACUUGCAUCUUGAGGCCUUAUUAGAUGCUCAAGGUAGCUCAUUUCUACGGUCCUUGUUUCUUGGAGGUGUUGUUAUAAAGCCACACUCAGCAAUAUGUGGCUUUACAAUACUCAGAAGGCUUGUUCUGCAAUCAGUCACGAUAUCCGGAGACUUUACAGGCUUUUUGGCAAAUUGUGCAGCACUUGAGGACCUAGAGAUGAUCGAGUGCUCCGGUUUAACUAAUUUAAUCAUACCACAGCAACUUGAUAAACUCCAGCAUUUGCUAAUUGAUGGAAUGGAAGUGGAGAUGGUCGAGUUUUAUGCUGCAGAUCUUUCUCAUUUUGAGUACAAAGGGCAAGUGGUCCCCAUAGUGCAUCAUGGUUGCUCAAAAUUAAAGAAGGCAACAAUAAUGUUUAGUGGUAAGAAAGGACUGGCCAAGGCAUUCACUGCAGUUCCAAGCAUUUUGCCAGUGAAGAUAUUAAAUGUGCGAUCUGUUGCUCUAUCAAAAUAUUCACAGUUGCAGAAACUGCCAACAAGACCUGACGGAAUGUUUAUGCAUUUGAGGCACAUGACUUGUAGAAUAAUUGUCCAUUCAAGACCACAAGAAGCCAAUUACGACAUUGAAGUUCUUCAACUGGCCUAUUGUUUGGAUGCUGCACCCCAACUGGAGACAUUGCAAUUGAAUAUGUUCUAUGUGUCAUCCAGUGGUGUGUCCAGUGCUGAGGUGGUGGGUAUGCGCCGGCAUGAUCAUCUCAAGGCAGUCUUCAUGAGCGGGUUUCGCUGUUACAAGGCUCAGAUUAAGCUGGCGUGCUGUAUCUUGGGAAAUGCUUCUGUUCUUGAGAAACUGACAAUAGAACCAAGGAUCACAGGCACAAGAUAUCUGGGUGAUAAUACCGACCUGCACAAAAUUUUACCAGGGGUCUGUGAGUGGGCGCAACUUACCUCCGAGCGCUUCGGUAAGGUGAUCAAUGUCUCAGGUGCUCCCCUUCACACAAUGGAUGCUUCUUCGGCCCAGCAAGGCGAAGGAUCUCUUCAGCACCAUCACUAACGAGUGCCGUCAUCGCCUCUGGAUAAUUAGUAGUAGAUCUUUGUGGAAUGCUAUCUUGCUCAAGUUUCUGUAAUCCCCUGGCAUCUGUUUUACCUCGCUGUAUCCUGAUCCUGGAGGGAGUUAUGGUUCUCUGUUAGGGAGUCUUGCACUGUGUUAUCUUAACUGUGGUUAUUCCUAUAUGCAACUUUGUUUUGAGAAACUAUUAAUAUCUAAUUUGUAUCCCCAGUAAA